GGCGAAUACGGCGUGUGCACUGUGCGCCGUAAUAAACCUCAGUUCAUUUUCAACGUGCAUGAAAGCAACUUGUGAAAUAGUUGUGUUGGUUGAGUUCAGUGGUGUUAAUAUUUCAAAUAAUUUAAUGUAAACGAUAAUUUGCAGAAGUUUGGAGUUAAAAUUAAAUAAAUGUGUACAAUAAAUAAUAAGUAACUGAAAAUUUCCCAAUUUCUGUGGAACAUCUAACCAAUGUCAAGAAUAUAAAAAUAGAUUUUUUUUUUCAUUUAAAUGGCUUGUAAUAAAUGCUAAUAUUAAAUACAAAUCAAACGGCAGUAACUUAUUUAAUUUGCGUAAAAUGUAAUGUAAACACACCGAGAAACUGAUUAAAAAAACGAAACUGAAGAAAUAAACGUGAGAAAACACAAAAGCAUUUGAGCAGAAUAACAGGUAAGCAGUUGAACUUGAUAAAAAUCGAAAACAAAAUCCGACAUCUAUAGAAAACAAGUAGUCAAAUUAGUGCGGUAUGUGAUAAACAAGCGACCGGCAAAAACAACAACGCAACAAUAAAAACACAAACAAUACGCGUUUGCGGUGCAAUAACCGCUGCAAAGUAACAAAUUGGCGUAAGAGGGGAAGUAGAAACUCGUAACAAAUUAAUGAUAAGCGUGAGAAGCGCCGGUGAGCUAGAGAAAGUGUUAGCAUUGCGGUUGUGUCCUUUAGAAGAGCUGCAGAAAAGAAAUCACUGCCAAAAAUACUUUUUUGUUUGUUUUAAACCCGCAGACAGUGAAAAGUGGUGAAAUAGCGUACAAACACACAAACAAUAGCAUUGCAACUCGCUUUCGUCUUCGACUGCUGCUGCUGCUGCCCAACUGCGAAAAGGACAACGAACUGUUGAGUGGAUAUCCGGACAUAUAGAAGAGCGCAUUUAUCCUUAGGAAUUUCUUCUAUUCACAUUUGACCACAUCGAGAUGGCUCUGGCAAGACUGGCUAGGCAACUGGGUCUACUUGAGACUAUAUACGUCGAAGGCGAACCUGGCGCUGAUAAAACCAAUACUUCUAGUUACUUAACAAAGCUACGCAAGCCCCAUUUAACCAUGCAGCCAUACAAAUAUGUCAUAUGCAUAGACUUUGAGGCGACUUGCUGGGAAAACCAAGCGCCACCUAAGUGGCGUGAGUCGGAAAUAAUAGAAUUCCCAGCGAUGUUGGUCAACCUGCAGACGGGUAAAAUUGAAGCAGAAUUUCACAAAUAUGUUAUGCCCAUUGAAUCGCCCAAAUUGAGCGCUUACUGCACCGAACUGACUGGCAUCCAACAGCAAACUGUCGACAAUGGCGUCCCACUACAAACUGCAAUUAUGAUGUUUCAAGAGUGGUUACGCAAAGAGUUGCGUGCGCGCAAUCUACAACUGCCUAAAAUGUCCAAAGAUAAACUGAUUGGUAAUUGUGCCUUUGUCACCUGGACUGACUGGGAUUUCGGUAUUUGUUUGGCGAAAGAAUGUAAGCGGAAGUUGCUGAAGAAACCGUCUUACUUCAAUCAGUGGAUUGAUUUGCGUGCAAUUUUUCGCCAAUGGUAUAAAUACAGGCCCAUCAAUUUUGCCGAUGCGUUGUCGCAUGUUAAGCUUGUAUUUGAAGGACGUGAGCAUUCGGGAAGGGAUGAUGCACGCAAUUUGGCAGCGCUGGCGUACAAGAUUGCAAGCGAUGGGGCACAAUUUGCGAUAACUAAGGACCUCGCGCCAUUUCAACUCAACUCGAAUUGUAUACUAUAAGCGACAAGCAGCGAACGACUGAAAUGUUGGGAGGAGAACAGUGCGUGGGCGUAAUAGAUUUUAGUUUUUUUUUUUUUUUUGUGAAAUUACAUUGAGCCCAAGAGAUAAUAUACCCUGAAUGUAUGCGAUUUUCGUAAUAAUAUUUAGCGAACAAGGUUUUGUAUUAAAAGUUGAGUUGCAAGUGGUUUUUGAUUUAAUUGAAUUUUAUGUAUCAAAAGCCUAACUUUUGGUACUAGUUGAGUAAUAGUGAAGUGUUUUUGUUGUUGUAAGGCAUAGUUUUAUUAACUGAAUUUAGUCAUAUACCUACGUGCAUGUGCGUUUAUCUUUAUUUAAAUGAAAGUUUGUCCUUUUUUGCUUUACUCUGCACAUAUCUUAGGCAUCUAGCGUUUAGUGUGACGUAUUUUUCUACACAAUUUUUUUUUUUUUUAUUAUAUAGUUUGAUCAGCAAAAGCUAUUGUUAUUGAAAAUAAACGGAUUUGAGUUGCUUAUAAAAAAAUACAAUAUUGCAAUACUAUAUAUUUUUCUAUUUAUGAACUAUUAAUUAAUAAAAAAGCAUAUUUGAAUAAGUAAAUUAAAAUAAGCUUUGAAGUAAUUAAAUUAGUGACGUAUUUGGAACUUAUUUUAUUUUGUCUGAAUUCAGCUGCAAGUCUGUCAUCGUAACAAGUACUUUAAUGAAAGACUAACUAUUCGAUUUUUUUUUUGUUUUUGGUAUACAUAAAUUAUUACAGCACAACGACAUACAGAUAUAAUAAAAUAGGUUAGGUAUUAUUGAGUAGAAGAGGCAGAAUAUCAACUAUAGCCUGCAAAUGGCCUAAAUUUUAAAAACAAUUUUAAAGAAACUGCAUUUUUUAUACAAAUACAUUUUAUAUGCGUAAACUAAUAAAAAUAUACUCGUACAAUAAAUGUUCGAAAAAAUAAA